AUGUUGAAGCACAGUAUACUAUUUUCAUUAAUUAUUUUAUUUGACUUUUUGUACAGGAAUGGAUACAAAUUUCUUUACUGCUCUGCCCGUGCCAUUGGAAUGGCAGAUAUAACCAGGGGAUACUUACACUGGGUUAAUGAUAGAGGUACUGUGCUUCCCAGAGGACCACUCCUGCUGGCUCCGAGUAGUUUGAUUUCAGCACUACACAGGGAAGUUAUUGAGAAGAAACCAGAAGUGUUCAAAAUUCAUUGCUUGAAUGAUAUCAGGAAUCUAUUUAAUCCACAUAGGUGUCCAUUUUAUGCUGCUUUUGGAAACAGGAGUAAUGAUGCUUAUGCAUACAAACAAGUCAGAGUCCAAGAAAGCAGAAUUUUCAUAGUAAAUCCCAAAGGAGAAUUAAUUCAGGAACAAACCAAGAGCAACAAAUCAUCGUAUCCAAGGUUGGGUGAGUUAGUGGAACAUGUAUUUCCACUAAUAGCACAAGAAAGAAGCUCAGCUUUUCUCUACCCUGAAUACAGCCAUUUUGCAUUUUGGCGGGAGCCACUUUGUGAACUUGAUUCAGAUGAGCUCAAUGAACUUAAAUUCAGUAAAGAAUAAUAAGUCAUUGCAAGAACUAGAACUAUCAGCAACAUCAAGGCAUGCUAGUGCCUUCAAUUCUGAUUUGAUCUGCCUUCUGAUUUGAUCUGCCUUCUGAUUUUAAUUUCAAUGAAGUGGAAAAUCUAUAACUUAUUUAACACUUAAAGUACUCGUUGCAAUUAUUAUCUGAGUGAAAUCAAGUGGUGUUUCAGUAGGUACCACUUGUGACAAGUCUUGCAUUACUCUUUCCCCAUCGAGCUGCAUUUAUGCAGUUUUGAUUGUGUGCUGAAAAAUUAAGAUGCAAAUGAAGAUGCAUUACAGACUACAAAUCACUUGAAAAGCCAUUGCACUUAUGGCACAGCACUUUCAUCUCUGUGGGACAAUUCCCAUACUUUCUUGUAUUUCUGUGAUGAUGCAGACGACAAUCUAUUUCCUAAUUUAUAGAUUUCCUGGUUCCCAUCAAAACUGGAUGUUUGUUGCAAUCCCCACACAUAAUAUUGUUUCUGGCAUUCACUGCAGUGGGCUGCUCUAAUAAAGUGGAAACUUGUAGUAAUGCUUGGUUAUCUGACAAAGCUGUGCCUGCAUGUAGCAUCAAGGAAGCUGCUUUAUAUGGAUGAAAGUUGGAAAGGCUGACAUAGAAAUCGAGCACUGAAAAACUGGGGAGAUAUUUUGAUUGUUUGGCUUGGACUAAACUGAAGCCUGGAAAAGGGGUGAGGUAGACUGUGCAACCAGAGGUCUUAUCAAAGAGCGGUAACAAGACUAGAGUUGAUAGAGACCUGGCCAUAGAAAAGGAGGGGGAAAAAAAGAGUGAGGCAGUUGGACACCUAAGCACUAGACAUUUAGAUGUAAGACAGAUAAAAAUGAGAAUGAGUACAAGCAUCAUGAUGCCUGACUGCAGACUAGAACUAUUUCUAUGGUGCAGAAGUUUAGUAGAAAGUAAAGAAAAUCUACAGUUGG